CCCGGAGCUGUCAAGCUGUUCUGUUUCGCGCGCAUUUGGCAGGGUUGACUCUAGGCUGCAUAGGAAGCGGAGCGCACGAGCUAAAGCUAAAGCAGCUCGCGCGUGCACCGGGAAGCCGUCACACAUACUCGCGGCUCACGCAGUAGUACGGCGAACUGUUCCUCGCACUGUGUAUCCACGGGCGAAAUGACGCUAAAAGGUCUGCCCGCCGCGACAUAACAGUUAUACCGCAGUUUCUGAACGUAUCAGUAGGUGUAAAGUACGAAAUGAGCUUUGACUAUGUAAUCCUUCGUCAAAUCAACGCUCAGUUUGAGGCCUGACUGGAUUUCAGUCAUUUAGCAACGGAUACACGCAGCACUCCAUUCACUGAUACUACGCAGGACUAAAAGAGAGGAUGCCAGCUCCGAUCAGACUGCGGGAGCUCAUCCGGACAAUCCGGACGGCACGAACCCAGGCCGAGGAGCGUGAGAUGAUCCAGAAAGAGUGUGCUGCCAUUAGGUCAUCUUUUAGAGAAGAGGACAACACAUACCGCUGUAGAAAUGUGGCUAAACUGCUUUAUAUGCACAUGUUGGGCUACCCGGCACACUUUGGCCAGCUGGAGUGCCUGAAGCUGAUUGCAUCACAAAAGUUCACAGACAAGCGGAUAGGGUACCUGGGAGCCAUGCUGCUCCUAGAUGAGAGGCAGGAUGUCCACCUAUUAAUGACAAACUGCAUCAAGAAUGACCUGAACCACAGUACACAGUAUGUGCAGGGACUGGCUUUGUGCACUCUGGGCUGCAUGGGCUCAUCUGAAAUGUGCCGUGACUUAGCUGGAGAAGUGGAGAAGCUCCUCAAAACAUCAAACUCCUAUCUGAGGAAAAAGGCAGCACUGUGUGCGGUGCAUGUCAUCCGCAAGGUCCCGGAGCUGAUGGAGAUGUUCUUGCCGGCAACAAAAAACCUGCUCAGUGAGAAAAAUCAUGGAGUUCUUCACACGUCUGUUGUUUUGCUCACUGAAAUGUGUGAGCGAAGUCCUGACAUGCUCUCGCACUUCAGGAAGCUGGUUCCACAACUGGUACGAAUCCUGAAGAACCUGAUCAUGUCAGGGUAUUCCCCCGAGCAUGAUGUGUCUGGCAUCAGUGACCCUUUCCUGCAGGUGCGGAUAUUGAGGCUACUGAGAAUUCUGGGAAAGGGUGACGAUGAUUCUAGUGAAGCUAUGAAUGACAUUCUUGCACAGGUUGCAACAAACACAGAGACAAGUAAAAAUGUAGGCAAUGCUAUUCUCUAUGAAACGGUUCUUACUAUUAUGGACAUUAAAUCUGAGAGCGGUCUAAGGGUUUUAGCUAUUAAUAUUCUGGGUCGCUUUCUUCUCAACAAUGACAAAAACAUCAGAUAUGUGGCAUUGACAUCUCUACUGAAGACCGUGCAGACAGACCACAAUGCUGUACAGAGGCAUCGAAGCACUAUUGUGGACUGCUUGAAAGACCUUGAUGUGUCCAUUAAAAGGCGUGCAAUGGAGUUGAGCUUUGCCCUGGUCAACGGCAACAACAUCCGGGGCAUGAUGAAAGAGCUGCUGUAUUUCCUGGACUCCUGUGACCCUGAGUUCAAAGCCGACUGCGCAUCGGGGAUCUUCCUGGCUGCUGAGAAGUACGCCCCCUCCAAAAGAUGGCACAUAGACACCAUUAUGAGGGUUUUGACAACGGCGGGAAGUUAUGUCCGGGAUGACUCUGUGCCAAACCUCAUUCAGCUAAUUACAAACAGUGUAGAGAUGCAUGCAUACACUGUACAGAGACUCUACAAAGCCCUCCUGGAUGACAUCUCACAGCAACCUCUAGUACAGGUGGCAUCCUGGUGCAUAGGAGAGUAUGGCGACCUGUUGGUCUCAGGCCAGUGUGAGGAAGAGGAGCCGAUUCAGGUUUCAGAAGAUGAGGUCUUAGAUGUUUUGGAGGGUCUUCUUGUCUCUAACUUGUCCACCCCUGUAACGAGAGGUUACUCCCUGACUGCUAUCAUGAAGUUGUCCACCCGUUUCAGCAGUGUGAAUCGAAUCAAAAAGGUGGUGUCGAUAUAUGGCAGUAGCAUAGAUGUAGAGCUGCAGCAGAGAGCUGUGGAAUACAAUGCACUUUUCAAAAAAUAUGAUCACAUGAGGCCUGCAUUACUAGAGCGAAUGCCUAUCAUGGAAAAAACAGCCACAAACGGCCCAGCAGAGAUUGUGCAGACCAAUGGAGAAACAGAAUCAACCAUACUGGACACAAAACAUCUGCCCAACAUCACUCAACCAGCCAGUCAGGCAAAUGAUUUAUUAGACUUGCUUGGAGGUAAUGAUGUGGUACCUGUUAUCCCAACAACUGUUCCCACAAAACCUGCAUCAGCUGGAGGAGAACUGCUUGACCUGCUGGGAGACCUCUCACUGACCGGCGAUCCAACCCCCACCCCUGCUGCUCCUUCUAUACCCAUGUCCCAGCCCCCUUUCCUUUUGGACGGUCUCACCUCACAGCCCCUCUUCAAUGACAUUGCAGCGGGCAUUCCGCCAAUGACAGCGUACAACAAAAAUGGCCUGAAAAUAGAGUUCACUUUUGAGAGGUCCAACCCCAGUCCCAAUAUUGCAGUAAUCACCAUCCAUGCCUCCAAUUCCACGGAGGCUGACAUGACAGACUUUGUGUUCCAGGCUGCAGUACCAAAGACAUUCCAGCUGCAGCUUCUUUCCCCCAGCAGUAAUGUAGUUCCAGCACUCAACCAGGGAAACGUCACACAGGUCAUCAGGGUUCUCAACCCACAGAAGCAACAGUUGAGAAUGCGGAUCAAGCUGACGUACACUCACAAAGGCUCUCCUGUUCAAGACCUGGCCGAGGUCAACAAUUUCCCCCCUCAGUCCUGGCAGUGAUUUGCUACCCCCUCUCAAUCUUAAAGACCCCCAGCAAGGGAACUAUGGGAAAGAUAUCCCCUCCCCAUUCCCAAAUGAUCCCCCAUGAUGUCACCACAGAUCGCUGCCCUGGGGUUGCAUGGGAAGUAGUGGAAUCUUCCAGAAACAGUCGAGAGUUGAUGGUAUGAAGACUAUGAUGAUGAUGAUUAUUACAGCGACAAUGAUGAAGCAAAAUCACGAAUAUCUGAAUACAUAUCUUUUCACAUUUUUUGCCCAACUGUCUUUCUUCUUUGGGGUUAGUGCAACAUGUCCAUACUCACACUUGCACUUAGCAUUGUGCACUCUCUCUCACUUAUACUCUUAUUGCAGUGCACUCCCUCACAUACAGUCACCCACUCUGGCUCACCCUGCCGCCUAGGGUCCAUACAUGGAAAAGUCACUCAUGGCCACUAUAGAAAGGAGCUGCUUGGUAUGAGCAUUGGUUUGAUUUGUCUUUUUUGUUUGAUUUUUUUCCAUGUUUUUAAUCUUGUUAAUGGGUUUUGGUGUAUUUUAAGAAACAAAAAACUGAUUGAAUGAAUUGCAAAGUCUGAGCAUUUGCACCUUAAGCAUUUCAGAAUCAAGAGGAAAAUGGGUUGUGACGGCGCCUUAAAUUAUCAUUGUACAUGGCAUUUCUUAAUUUUCCUAUUAAGAUGUCUUUACUGAUUUAAUGUCCUGUAAUAAAGUAUACCAGAUGAAUGCUCCGGAUACAAGCUAUGUUGUGGCUGUACCAUAUUUCAUAUGACAUCAUCUGUCUUCUUGCCUGUCAAAUGUUCUCUAACGGAUUUGUCCAGAAGCGUUUGACUUCAUCACAUGAAUCAUCAUGAACUGGCAAGUUAAUACAGCUCAAAAUGUGCUUUUUUAUAUAUAGUAUAUUUAGACAGGACUGCUCAUAAAUGUCAGGUAGUGACAAUAAAACGUUAUCUGGCGGCUGAGAAAAUGAGGAACAAGUUUGAGAGAGCAUGUUUGUUACUGUUAAAAGAAUAUUCCGGGUCCAAUACAUGUUGAGAUCAAUCGACAACAUGUGGGGCAUAAUGUUGAUUUAUAAAAAAAUUUUAAAAAAUUUGAGGCUACUGUGAUGCACUUACAAUGGAAAUGAAUUGUGCCAAUAUUUGGAGGGUUUAAAUGCGACGCUUAUAAUUACAUGUAAGCAAUUACAUUUCUUCUGUUAAAACUUGUGUUAUUUGCACUGUAAAGUUGUUUAAAUAGUCGUUUUCACAGUUGUUUUAGGGUUUAAAUGUUGUUAAAUUGGAUGUAGCUUUACACAGAAAAGGUUAGUAACAGAUUUUAUCACUAAAAUGUUAACACACACUGUUUGUCUUGUGGCUAAACGUUUGAUACAGUGAGAAUUUUAACGUUUUUUUUUUAUCAGCCCCGUUCACUUCCAUCGUAAGUGCCUCACUCUAACCCGAGUUGUAUUUUAUUUAUUUUUUAAAGAAAAGGAGGCCCAAUUCUAAAUUAAUUUUGUGGUAGUCAACAUUACGCCACAAAUGCUGUCGAUUGAACUUGUAUUAAACCCGGUAUAUUCCUUUAAUGUUGAUUAGAUCAUUUUUCAGUUAUAUAAUAAUCACGGUCUUGUAUCCAUCAAACUGGACACUAUUUCCCCCUCCAGACCCCUUAAUUUGGCAUAUAGUUAUUUUGUUAGCCUCUAUUCUUCACUGAAUGCAUUCUUGUAUUGUUUUUAAAUAUUGAAAUAAGUUAUAUAGAAUAAAAUAGCAUUCUUCAUCCAUUUUAAAGGAUUGAAACCUAUUAAAAUUAGUAGCUGGACAGUGAUUUCAAUUUAAGUGAUUUCUCACUAAAUUAACUAAAAUAAAUGUCCAGUGAUGUAAAUUGUUGCAGUCAUAACGAGGAUAAGUUCAGCAUAGAUGCUGUGAAUUUAGAUGUAUGAAAAUUAAGGCCUUUCUGAAUGUAGUUACAUGCACUGAAUGGACCUUUUUUUUUUUUCUUUUGUUUGACUUUAAAGGUGGUUUUUUUUUUUUUCUGCAGUGAUUUAAAGUACAGAAUUAUUGCCUGAUUUAAAACCAUGUGCCUUUUGUCAUAACUGGUGAAAAGAAACCCCUCAGACAUCUGCAAGACGAGCAUAUACCGUUACAUGAAGCAAACAUGUCUAAAGAAGAGAGGACCUUUUUUUUUUUUUUGUUAUUUCACCUGAUUUCUCACUCAGAGGGCAUCCUGUUGAUGCAAGUCCUUGUUUAUGUGUGGGUCCCGGGCUGUCUCUUUUUGCAGCUUCCAAAGGCAGUUAAAAACAUUAACCUGAAUAUAUACCUCACAUUUGUCUUUCUCUUUCUUCAAGUCGCCUCAGUUGAAAACCUUAGCUUCCGUACACUCACAUCAUUACUUACAGACUCCGAUGCUCUCUCACUGCUCUUCAUUUUAGUUUUUAUCUUCAUCACAUCAUUUGCAUUCAUUAUGCUACACUGAAGUCUGGUGACCAAAUCAAGAGAAUGUUCUUUGGGCUUGGGAAAUAUAUAUUUUUUUUAGCUAUGUAUAUGGAGAAAAAUGAUUUCAUUCUAUUAGAUUUUUUGUCUUUUGUUGCAAUUCUUGAUGAUGCUUUCUUGGCUUUUUCUGUACAUAUUGAUGGCUUUUAGAAUGCAUCAUCUGUUUCUUUUCAUCCCUUUUUUUUAAGAGAUCAUUUUUGAAAUCUUCCUUCCAGGACUGCACAGUGUAUAAUGUUUGAAGCUCUCCCUCAGAAGUCUAAUUCAACAACUUGCCGGUUUGAUCGUUUAUUGGAAAGAAAAUGUACUAUGUGCUGCCUGUAUAUUGUAUAUAAUUGUAAAAUGCAUCAUAAAGAUAAAAUCAAAUAAAAAUCCCAUUUGAAGACCUAUGAAAUUCAGUUAAGGGGCUGUAGACAUUAUUUACUGUGCACGUGAUCUUGAGUUCACAUUCUUUUGGAGUACAUUGGUGGAUUACAGUCAUGUGGUUAUACUACUGAAAGAACUGAAAUGCUACAAGGACACAGAUAGUUGUCCAUCCUCCAGAAGAGCUUUAGUUGAAUUUUCUCAUUCUAUCCAGUUACUUAAAAACAAUAAUGGGAUUUUAAAGGUUUAGUUAAUAAAAAAUAAAAAAUAAUUCUGUCCUUAACUCGCACUGUUGUUGUUCCAAGCCUGUAUGACUUUCUUUCCUCCCUGUAACGCAAAAGAAAAUGUUAGCCUCAGUCACCAUUCACUUUCAUUGUAUGGGGAAAAAGAUGCAACGAAAGUAAAUGGUGACUAGCAUCUCCUUUUGUGGUACAUUUAAGAAAUUACGUCAAACAGGGCUGAAACAACAUGAGAGUGAGGAAAUUGUCUUUUUUUUUUUUGUUUGUUUUUUGGCUGAACUAUCCCUAUAAUGUCAAAAUUGAUUUUGGUGAUUUCAUACAUCAGUGUUCAUGCAUCCUUAAAUGUUAAGUACAGCUUCAAUAAUAAAUGAUUGAAGACCCCAA